AUUCCCCCUCUUCACCCACACACUCCCUAUCCAUCCGCUCACAGCUCCCCCGCUCCCCACCCAUCUCGCCGGCGCGCAGGCGGCGCGCCCCUCCCCGACCAAUCAAAGCCCCGAUUAGCCACCCACAUCGAACACCACCCACAUCGAACACCAUGAAGGCGUCUAUCAAGUUCCGCGACGACGACCGGCCGCUGAUGCGGGCCAAGGUGCCGAUCGGCGUGCUCGGGCUGCCGUUCCAGUCCGGCCUCUCCGCUGGCGGCGAUCCCCGGGAGCUCCGCUUCGAUCUCUCCACCGCUUUCGCCUCCGGGCCAGCUCUCCGCUUAUCGUAUCGCCCCAACGACCCUGGUCUCCCCUUCGCCAUCUCCAUCCGCGCCGGUGCCGGAGCCCUCGGCUCCCCUGUCCGGGCCCCCUUCUUCCUCGCCGCCGAGUUCAACCUCCUCUCUGCCAACUCUGGAUCUCCUGGCUUCUUCCUCCUCCUCAAGCCCCGCCUUGGCGAUUUCUCACUUUCCCACACGCUCCGGUCGUCCACGUCUCCUCCGCCCCGUACGGUCGGGGUGGUCUCCGACGGCGAAGGGCGCGACCGCGAGGACGAGCUGAGCUACAAGGCGUUCUCGUUGAGCGGGAGCGGGUUCGCGGCGGACGUUGCCGCGGCGGGGAGGAGCGGCGGCGUCGGCGCGCUGCUGUCCGGGAUGCGGUUGACCACGAGGAGCGUGCUCCCGCUCUGGGGCAGGGCGAGCAUGCGGUUCAACUGGGGGAUCCGCGCGCCACCGGGGCUGCAGGCAGCGUUCGCCGACGACCGCAAGGACGCGCGCGUGCCCGUCUGCAAGAUGCCGCUGCUGGUCAUCAACAAGAUCUCCAUCGAGCAGGCGCCACACGCCGACAAGAAGAAAGACAGCAAAGCAGAUGUAGAUGUCUCGCUGCCUGCCAUCGACGCCACGGACGCGUUGGAUAGAGCGGGUCACGCCGCCGACGGCGAGGGGUUCUCACUGAUGAGGCGGCAACUGGAGGCGAUGAACGCGGAGAGCGGGAUGCUCCGCCGCGCCGUGGACGAGCUGCGCACCGAGAUCGGGCGCGGCAGGGCCGCGUCCGUGGCAGCGGUAGGGAGGCCGCCGCCACAGCCGCAUCACGGGUUCUCGGUGAAGCCGGAUCGUCGGGGCGGUGGGAAGGAGCCAGCGGCGGAGAACUCAGCGAUGCCAGCGCCGGACGAGGUGGGGGAGGAGUUGAAGAGGGCACUGGAGGCGCGCCGGAGAUGAAAGCUGCCAGAGCUACGCAGCAGAUCUCACUCUUGGUUGCUGCAGUACUGAUUUUGGACUGAUAAGAACAGAGCAAUUCAAUACAGUAGCAUUGGCGACCUAGAAAUCUGGAGCUAUGUAGUACAGUAGUAGUCUGCCUUCUUCUAUAUACCACUAUAGUGUAUGAGUGUACGGAAAUCCCUUUUGGACCUCGGGUUCUGGUGACUGGUGAGGCCUCCAAAUUCACAAUGCGUACCUGCGUGCAUGUGUAUCUUUUAUUCUGCGUACAGAUUUAAUAUCAUGUACAGAUCAUAAAUCAUUUAUAGUGGUAACAUAGAUGCCUUUAUUUAUUACUUUGUAAA